AUGACUAUCCCGGUUGUCCGCAAGAGAGCAAAGAAACCGAAGACUAGGACGGGGUGUAAGACCUGUCGGCAGAGGCAUAUCAAGUGUGAUGAAGAACGACCAGCUUGCCGGCGAUGCAGGAUCUCAGGUCGCGAAUGUGCUGGCUACGAUGCUCCGCGGCCUGAGACAUGUAGGAGCCAAGCAGUGUUGCUUCCCAAAGGCUCUCAAGUCGCGUCGGUGAAGCUACCGACACUCUAUCCUGUUGAGGUCAACCGCGGGCCGUCGAUGAUCACCACUUUAGGCAUGAGCAAUGUCGAAGCAUAUGCCUUCGACUUCUUCCGGCUACAGACUGUCAAGCAAUUGCCAGGAAGCUCAUGGACCCUCAGCUGGGAACGGCUGGCACUGCAGAUGGGACAUCACGAGCCCGCGGUCACCCACGCCGCCAUUGCACUUGGCUCCAUACAUCGAGCACUUACCUUCGACGCAUUCCGAGGGCCUGCUGGCAUUGACAAAGAACAACAUGGCUUUGCGCUUUGCCAAUACAACAAGGCGAUGAGUUACAUUCGGGGCUAUAUCGAGAAUCUGGGCACUGGAUGCUCUGACAAUGACGUUGAAGUGGUGCUGCUGGUCUCAUUACUCUUCUUCUGCUUCGAAGUGCUUCAUAGUGAAGAUGCACGGGCAACAAUACACCUGCGCACUGGACUGCGCAUUCUCUAUGAGCGGAUUCGUGACAAAAGUCCUCCCGCGACACCAUGGGGUGACGGGGAGCUCAAGCGUACUGUCAUGAUGAAGCCAAUGCCCCAAAGCAACAUGGAUGUCAUCCUCCAGACAUUCGUGAGGUUAGAUGGAGACUUGACCAUCGUUGGCGAGGACGAGCCUUAUCUUUUCCCAGUCUGCCAGGAGCGGCUGCCGUCAGCUUUUUACUCGCUGGACGAGGCAAUGGUACAUCUCGAUGCGAUCGCAUCGAAGACGCACGACUUUUGCAGAGACAUAGUCUGCUUGACUGACCAGGAGAUUAUCAGCAAGCGUGAUGACUACGAUUCCUUGGACGAUGAUAUGCGCAAUUGCCUGGCCUGCGCUGCGUCUCGGACUAUUGAUCUUCAGACGGACCCUGACCUGCUACACCGGAUGGAGCAAAUCAAGCAUGAAUUGACAGGGUGGAUGACUGCCCUGUCAUCCUACACAGUGCGCGCGGAGAAGGAGACGCAACACAUUCUGACACAGGUACACUUCUUCUACGUCUAUUUCAUCGUAUCGACUUGGCGCGAUCCAUCCGAGGUGUUUGUCGACCGGUUCGACGAUCAGUUCCACCACAUACUCACCCUCAUCGAGCAAUACGUGGACCUCCACUUUGAUGGCAUGGCAUCACCCAAUCUACAAGAACAGCCUGGGCAGUAUUCUUCUGCUACGACCCGACAGGCCUUCACGUUGGGAACAGAUCUCGUUCCCUGUAUUUCCAUGAUUGCGUUCAAAGCACGUACCAGCUCCCUUCGCCGGCGGUGCAUCGGCUUGCUACGCAGCAUCAACUUGCAAGGCGUCUUCGACAGCUACUUCCUCGCUUCCUUCAUCCAGCUCAUCUGCGAUCUUGAAGAGAAUCGAGCUGGAGACCUUACUGGGAAACCAGAAGGCGAAGACUUUCACUGUCACGAAAUACCAGAAGCGGCUCGCUUCGUUGAGAUUGAGCUCAGUCCGAUGCAGCAUGCUUCGGAAUUCUACAAGGCAGACAUGGGUCGCUUGGUAUACUGCACAUCCAACGAGCAUGGCGACCUCUCUGUCCACGAGGACUGGUUCAAUGUGAUACGGCCAGCCACGCCGAUUACACAUGACUAUCAAGGCAGAGCGGACAGUCCAGCUGAGCUGUUCUGGAACAGCAAUAGCAACAAUGCAAGACGCGAAAAUGGCGGUCCAGAAACGCCAGAGUCGUUGGGACCGUGGGUAGACGCACAGACGGUGCACAGCAGACGCAUAUCACCCAUUUCAGGUGCUCCGCGGAACGGAUAUAGGUCCACAUUGACGAGCAAUUCGAGGCCGCAGUUUCCACGCGAGUAUCCUAUCGAGCACGCGCGUCCAGCGACGUUGGCAGCGAGCGGUGAUGCGGGCAACCCGCAAUCUCGCGGCGAAGAGGCGACUGCUCCUCCCAGGACGCAGUACGAGAGACCUUCAGGAUAG